AUGAAUGAUGAUUUAGAAUGCGACUAUAGUACAUACGAUUUGUUGUUUUGCCCGACAACCCCAUGGCCAUGUUUGUCUUUCGAUUUUAUUUAUGAUAGCCAAGCUAAAGAAGAUUAUACUUCAAAAUUAAAAAUAAAUGGAAGGGAAUUUAAAGGAAAUGAAUUGGCAUACCCAAUUGACGUAACAUGUGUUUCAGGAACACAAGCAACAGACAAAAAGUCAAAUAGUAUAUAUGUAAUUAAGUGGGGAAAUUUAAAUAAGCUUGAUCUUUAUCUAAGCUCUGAAGAGAUAUCUAGCGAUGAUGAAAAAGUAGAAAAUAAAAAAGGUGUCGAGAAAAAUAAUAGUAAUAAUAAUAAAGCUAGUGAAGAUGAUAGUGUAAUUAUAUGCAAAUCUAUAAAACAUAUUCAUGGGUGCAUUAAUAAAAUUAAAAAUAAUAAAAAAAUAAACUCUUUAGUCGGAGCAUGGUGUGAAGAUAAAAAAGUAUAUAUUUAUGAAAUUGGUGAUGAAAUAAAUGGUUUAAAUGAACGAAUGUAUAAUGAGAGUAUUCAAAAAGAUCCUGUUUAUAUUUUUAAUAAACAUAAUAAUGAAGGUUUUGCUAUAGAUUGGAAUCCGAUAUAUGGUGCUCAAUUAUUAACAGGUGAUAAUGAUGGUAAUUUAUUUUUAUGGCUACCUGACAAUAUGGCAAAAUGGAAACAUGAAAAUUUAAUCUCUUCAUCUAUCGGAGUUAAUUGUGAUAAACAUAGUAUAGAGACUGUUCAAUGGGCUAAACAUGGGAAUGGGGUAGGACAUGUAUUUGCCAUGUGUUCUUCUGAUAAAAGUAUAAAAAUUGUAGAUACUCGAGAUAUUAAAAGUGGUUCAGGUGAUAGUCAGAUGCAAAACUUGGUUAGUCGUGAAAAUGGGAUAAAAAUAGAUAUUCCUAAUGCACAUUCGAGUGAUGUUAAUGUUAUAACAUGGAAUGAGAAUUUUGAAUUUUUAUUGGCAUCAGGUGGAGAUGAUUCACUAGUUAAAAUUUGGGAUAUACGUAAUACAUCGAAAAAUGUAGCUAGCUUAAAUUUUCAUAAAGAUUCUAUUACAUCAAUUUCAUGGGAUAGUAAAGAUACUUAUGUGGUGUUAGCAUCUAGUUUAGAUAAUUCGAUUUCCGUUUGGGAUCUAUCAGUUGAAUCUGAAGCUUUAGAACAUUCUUUUGCUCAAUACCCUGAUCAAUUAUUGUUUGAACAUAAAAAUCAAAAUUUUAUAACAGAUGCAAAAUUUCAUCCAUAUUAUUCCGGUGUUAUAGUAUCAACAUCAGGAGAAUGUUUCAAUAUAUUUAAACCUUAUAACACAUAA